AUCGCUGUUCACCUUAUAUAUAAUAAUCAUAUUAUAAUUCUAUUAUUCUUAUUCCUAAUAUUAAUAAUAAUAAUAAUAAUAAUAAUAAUAAUUAUUAUUAUUAUUUUAUUUUAUAUCUUAUAUAUUAGUCCCAUAUUAUAGUACCCAUUUGCAUCGUUAACUUUAAGAUCGAGUUUGCUGCUACAGAAAAAUUAUAAAAAGCUUCUCUUUUUCUCAAUUGGGUUUCCGUUUAUAUAGUUUUUGUUCGAAUUUUCCUAGGGGUUUCAUUGCCAUGGCACCAAUGGAUCCCAAGCAAACUCCUGCUUCUAGUAGUGGUGGUGGUUUUUUUGCUUCUAUUGCUUCGAGUUUGUCCAAUUUUGGCACUGUCAUGUCCAAAUCUGUUAAUGGUAUCGUUGGCUAUGAGGGACUGGAAGUUGUAAAUCCGGAAGGAGGAACUGAAGAUGCUGAAGAAGAAGCUAAGAAGGGACGAUGGAAAGACGAGGAACGGGAUAGUUACUGGAAAAUGAUGCAAAAGUAUGUUGGCUCUGAUAUCACAUCAAUGGUCACACUUCCGGUUAUCAUUUUUGAGCCAAUGACGAUGUUACAAAAAAUGGCCGAGCUUAUGGAGUACUCUUACCUAUUAGAUAUGGCGGACAAGACCGACGAUCCAUACAUGAGACUUGUAUAUGCUUCAUCAUUCUUUAUAUCUGUCUAUUAUGCCUAUCAACGAACAUGGAAGCCAUUCAAUCCAAUUCUUGGUGAGACAUAUGAAAUGGCUAAUCACGGUGGCAUGUCAUUUAUAGCAGAGCAGGUCAGUCAUCACCCUCCAAUGAGUGCCGGCCAUGCUGAAAAUGAACAUUUCACUUAUGACGUGACAUCGAAACUGAAAACAAAAUUUCUUGGAAACUCAGUUGAUGUAUAUCCUGUUGGAAGAACACGUGUUACACUCAAAAGAGAUGGUGUGGUCCUUGAUUUGGUGCCUCCACCUACGAAAGUUAGCAACUUGAUUUUUGGGCGAACAUGGAUUGAUUCACCAGGGGAGAUGGUUCUGACAAAUCUGACUACGGGGGACAAAGUCAUUCUGUAUUUUCAACCUUGUGGCUGGUUUGGAGCUGGUCGAUAUGAAGUGGAUGGAUAUGUGUAUAAUAAUGCUGAAGAGCCUAAGAUUCUAAUAACUGGAAAAUGGAAUGAGGCUUUGAGUUAUCAAGUUUGUGACCCAGAAGGAGAACCACUUCCAGGCACUGAGCUCAAAGAGGUUUGGAGAGUUGCUGAGGUACCUAAAAAGGACAAAUUCCAAUACACCUAUUUUGCACACAAGAUUAACAGUUUUGACACUGCUCCCAAGAAGUUGCUUGCAUCCGAUUCUCGUCUUCGUCCUGAUAGAAUGGCCCUUGAGAAGGGUGACCUAUCCGUGUCCGGCCACGAGAAGAGCAGUUUGGAGGAGAGGCAAAGAGCUGAGAAGAGAAACCGAGAGGCGAAGAACCAGAAGUUCACUCCUAGAUGGUUUGAUCUAACAGAAGAAGUAACUCCUACACCUUGGGGUGAAUUGGAAGUUUACCAAUAUAACGGUAAAUAUAGUGCGCAUCGUGCUACCAUAGAUAGUUCUGAUUGCAUUGAGGAGCCUGAAAGUAGACCAGAAUUCAAUCCUUGGCAAUUUGGUAAUUUGGAGGCUGAAUAAGCAUUAUUGUGUAAUUCUUUCUAUUUUUUAAGUGUCACUUUGUUAUUAAGUUUGUAAUGUAUCUCAUAUUUGAAUGCCUGAAAUUUGAUAUUGAUUUUUGGGGUUGUGUUAUGUUACUGUAGCAUUUGAUUAGUUAGUGUUAGCUAUGUUGUAGUUCAA